GCUGUCAGAAGUGACGGAGUAAGGGAGGGAGGGGAAUAGGGUGGACAGACACCGCUAGCCAACAGAGGGGGUGGCGUUUGAUUCGGUAAAAACCGAGAUUGAACGAACGGACUGUGUAACCGACGAAACUGCCCCUUUAAAUCAGGAAUACAGCGCAUUCGGAGGAGGUGAAGGUUUACAGCUGACCAUCAGACCUGAGGUCACAACCACUCCUGUCCAUCUGACCUGAGGUCACAACCACUCCUGUCCAUCUGACCUGAGGUCACAACCACUCCUGUCCAUCUGACCUGAGGUCACAACCACUCCUGUCCAGCUGAGUGACCCAACUCACCUCGUCAGUCCUUCCCCUGCAGACACACCUGCCCUACCUGGUACACCUGUCUACCAACCCAACACACACCUGCCCUACCUGGUACACCUGUCUACCAACCCAACAUACACCUGUCUGGCCCUUGGUGCAGACUGGCCCUCCGAUCUGCACACCAUCCGCAAGUGGGGGUGUGUGUAUUGAUGGAUCAGGAUGUCAACCAAUAACAACAUCGCGCAGGCCAGGAAACUGGUGGAACAACUGAGGAUCGAGGCAGGGAUCGAACGUAUUAAGGUGUCUAAGGCAGCGGCAGACCUGAUGAGUUACUGUGAGCAGCACGCUCGUAACGACCCGCUCCUCGUUGGCAUCCCAACGUCAGAAAACCCUUUCAAAGACAAGAAACCCUGCAUCAUCCUAUAGCUUCCCACUCAUCUCUGCACAUCAGACACACACACACACCUCUGCCCACACACACACUCCCACUGGCUGACUGCAACAGCCAACAAUGCCCAGCUCUGUCAAGCUAUACAUACAACACACACACACCCACACACACCCACACACACACACACACAGAGAAACGAAAUAGCCACUCUGGAAAAGCGCCAUACUCAAUAGCCACAGCUAGGGGGCGGUGUCUGUGUUCAGACCACAUUGCCACAUUAGUGAUAUUAGCCCUGAGUUGUGUCUCUGUGAUGCUGAAGGUAAGCCUGCACUAACAUGCAGCCCUAACUGAUACUGGUUACUGACUCACCCACAGAGAUAGUGACGCUCAAGUGGAGAUGACAGAUUUACUUCAAAAAGGGAUUAGGACAAUUAUCUUAAUAGGAAUCCACAGUCGCCUACAUGAAGUUGUAGGCUGAUGUAUAGCAUGUAUUUUAGUGAAUCAAUGAUUUAUUGAUUCAUUGAUUAAUCGAUUGAUUGAUAGCAGUAUCUGUUGAGGUGGGGGUUUAUGUGUGACCAAUCUGGUGUAAAACCUGGGUCGUUCGUGUGAUACAAGCUGUGUUAGCCCUCUCAGCUAAAGCCUAACCAUUAUCCGUGGAAGUUAAUAUAAGUCUUCAGGUCUCAGGCAUGGUUACCCAUCACUAAAGCACCGUGGCUAUACACGGUGUGUUUGUUAGCCAUAUAGUGGCUGACUUGCCACUGACUUGCUAAGUAUCACAAUGGGGAUGGCCCCUUCCUGAAACCUUGGGUCAACGGUAAUGUCCGUGUUUCCACAAGACAACAUGGCAUUGUAAACACUGAGCAGGUUGGUACAUGCUGCAUAUGUACCCACUGUGUUUAAACCCGGAUCAUCUGCAAUGCCACAAGACUGUGUUAGCCCACUGAGCUAAAGCAUAGGCCACAUACACUCCCACUCUAGUGACGGUUAUCGAUCAAAAGUGUUACUGCUUUGGUUUUGAUUUCUUGGUCAGUGGGUUUUCUAUCGGCCAAAACUCCAGCUGUGUCGACUUGUGGAGUAAGUUGCCCCUAUAUACUGAUCUAAGAUCAGUCUUGUGUUUUCCCUCUAAUGGUAAAGGUUAGGAUUUAGAGAGGGUAAUCUGAUGCUAGAUCUGUCUAAAAGGCUGCGUUUACAUAGGCAGCCCAAUUCAGAUCUUUGUCCACUAAUUGGUCUUUUGGCCAAUCAGAUCAGUUCUUUUUCCCAAUAAUUGGGCAAAAGAUCAGAAUUUAGCUGCCUGUGUAAACGCAGCCUAAUGAAAAUUCUAUCUUGAGUACUGAGAGGCUAACUGUUCAAGUUUUUAACCCCAGAAGUAUAUAUAUAUGUUUUUUAAUUACUUAUCGUUUCAAUAUUUUGUGAAUUUAUUGCCAUACAGUUAGCA